CGUAUGCAGAAGAAGUAGACCUGCGCUCUGCUGUGUAGGAGAAGCACCGCGGCGGGACGGGGCCGGGGGAGAAGACGACGAGGAGGGAUUGCGACACAGUUUCGGGGAGGAUCUGCAAACGGGCGGUUACGAGUGAAAACUCAAUAUCGCAGCGGAAAGUGAAGGAGGGAGAAGUCAGCCAGCUCGCAGGAAGUCGGACGGGGGCCGUUCUCGGGGCGCACACAACAGGUGUCGCUUAAUGAUCGGGUGGCAGUAAGCGGAGCUCACUUUCUAACCGUUUCAAGUCAGACGUUUUAGGACGCUGGAUCGCAACCGUUUCCCUUAAAGUUUGACCAAACUUUUUUUUUUUAUACGAACAUGUCUCACCUCCGACCAAGACUUUGCUCUUUGGAGAAGGGACCGGACGGCUACGGGUUCCACCUGCACGGAGAGAAGGGAAAGAGCGGCCAGUUCAUCCGGCUGGUGGAACCCGGCUCCGCGGCCGACGCCGCGGGUCUGCUCGCCGGGGACCAGCUGGCGUUCGUCAACGGGGAAUGCGUGGAGGGCGAGAGCCACCAGCAAGUCGUGGCCCGGAUAAGGGGCACCGCGGGGGCCCUCCGACUUGUCGUGGUAGACGCGGAGACCUCGGAGCUCCUCCGGAAACACAAACUGCAGUGCCGUGAGGAGUUCGUCACGGACGGGAUCCCCCUGCCCUGCGGCGACUCCGACCGCGGGGACGCGCAGAGCAACGGCAGCCGGAGGGAGUCCGACCCGAGCCCGGUGGAGAACGGCGCGGUCACCCUGGAGAGGCUGAGUGUGAGCUCUAAGGAAGGGAAGGCCGAGUUGCGGCCUCGCCUGUGCCAUCUGAAGAGGGGGGCGAGCGGCUAUGGCUUCAACCUUCACAGUGAGAAAUCCAAACCGGGCCAGUUCAUCAGGUCGGUGGACGAGGACUCGCCCGCGCAGGAGGCCGGUCUGAUGGCCCAAGACAAGAUCGUGCAGGUGAACAGUAUGUCAGUGCUGGGCAUGAAGCACGCAGAGGUGGUGGCAGCCAUCAAGGCAGGAGGAGAUGAGACCUCCUUGUUGGUCGUCGACCCUGAGACUGACGCCUUCUUCAGCAGCUGCAAAGUCCUCCCAACUGAGAAGCACCUCACUGGACCUCUCCCUGAGCCUGUGUCAAAUGACGAAUCGGAGGAAGACGAGGGGAAGCGAAAGACAGCAGUAGAAGUGCAUCCUAAAGUGUCUGUGAGUCCAUCUAUUUCCAGUGCCUCCUCUGAUGCAUCCCUACCAACAGCCACCACCAGCACCCCUCCUCCAGAGGCGGAUAAGGCUCCAGGGCCGGUCUCUGAAGCCAACGAGGGUAUUGGUCUGAGCAUGUCGGUAGCCCAGGCCAGGGAGAGAGCCCACCAGAAACGCUCAGCCAAGAAAGCUCCACCAAUGGACUGGAGCAAGAGGAACGAGCUCUUCAGCAACCUAUAAAGAGGUCAAAGAACCCGUCUCUCUCUCGCUCUCUCUCCCAUACGCAUUCCUUAUGAAAGAUGCAUAUAUGUUCAGUUCAUUAAGAACAUUUAACCUUAUAUGAAACAGUGUUAUUCUCAUGAUUUUAUUGUUUUGAUUUGGCUCUGCUGUGGUUGAUUAUUAGAAAAUGGACUAAUAAAAAUAGUGUAAGCUGAGAUGAAAAGGGGAAAAUUACAUGUUUCUCAGAGAGGAAUGUGCAAAAGCUAAUGAAAGACCUAUUACCAGACCUGUAAUACUAAGAUGAUGUAUUCACAUUAUGUGAACAAUCAGUAAGGCUGCGUAUUGUAAUACUGUCAAGCUUUUGAUUUCUGCAGUCACGACGAUCGCGUUUAACAGUUUUAAGGAAUGAGAAUUUGCAUUUGCAGUGAACAUCUGUCGAUGAAUAAUCAAACGUUAGAAUUUAACCAUAUGCUUGAUGGCCUGUAAGGUCUCAGCGCUUCCUGAGACCUCUUGGUCAAAGUAAGGAUUCAUGAAAACACAACUCUUCAUAGAAUGUAUAUUUUGCUUAUUCAUAAUGUGAAUUCAGACGUGAGACACUUUGGAGACGGUCAUUCUUACAGUAGAGUCUUGAGCGAUAAGACACAACUGCUUCUUCAGCCUUGAUGUGAACGGCUGCUCAUCAGGUCCAUGUGUAUACCUGCAUAGAAUCACCUGUACAUCCCCACUGUCGUGAUCCACCCUACCAGGAUCCCUUUCAAGAAAAUUAGAUUUUUUUUCCCCCCCAUCUUGUUAGAUUUGUACAUAUACAGUAAAUAAUUUGAGAGGAAUUUUUAUUUUGACUGAAAUGAAGAAAAAAAAAUCCUCAGUUGCUUCGAUUGUUCUGAAACUGUUUUCGGAUAUCAGACUUACUUUGUAGAGCAUUUUGGUGGGGAUUUAGAAAUAUAAAAA